UUAUGCUACUCCAGCUAUGUAAAUGUAGCUGAGUCGACGUAGCUUAGGUCGACUUACCACGGUGUCUUCACUGUGCUGCGUCAACAAGAGACACUCUCCGGUUGACUUACCUUACUCUUCUGGAGUAUCAGAGUUGACCGGAGAGCACUCUGCCAUUGAUUUAGCGGGUCUUCAGUAGACCUGCUAAAUCGACACCCACUGCAUCGAUCACAGCAGUGUGACUACAAGCCCCUAUACACCAUCACUGUAAGGUCCUAAAUGAACUGCAUGUUAAAAUGCAAUCCUGGGACUUGGGAGACCCAGGUUCAAUAAGUUGAUUUGUCACAGACUUUGUGACCCUUGGGCAAGUCACUUAGCAUCUUUAUGCCUCAGUUCCACAUCUGUAAAUUGGGGAUAACAGCACUUCUGUAUCUCAUGGGAAUGUUGUGAGGGUAAAUACAUUGAAGACUGUGAAGUGUUUAGAUAAAUGCUGCAUGAUCCCCAUUCUUGCUAACGCAUUUUUAUAGACCAAGUGAAUAAAGAAACUCAAUUAAAAUACACAUUUAUAUUCUGGAUGAAACCUGCACUGGAACUGUUGGGAAUUUGUACUGCAGACUUUCCUGGACAUUCAGACCUAGUCAAUGUAGAUCUGGACAAACAGGUGUCAGACUUGCCUUCAGCUCUCCCCACAUCUUUAACGUCUGGACCUGUUAGGCCACUAAAAUACUUUGGAUAAGGGUGAGGUGUGGUUGAGUGAGUCUGGCGUGGGUUUUUCAUGGGAUUUUUUUGCGGGGAGGAAGGGGCAGCCCAGGCCUGUGCUAUUGUUUCUGAUGGAGGCACCAGCUACUCUGAGGACUACGCCCUUAACCAAAAUUAACACGGUACCUUUAGUGAAUAGACAGAACCUACCUGCUCCCAAAGCAAAUCUGCACCAUAAUUGCUAGUUUGACCAAAACUUGGCAUCUUCAGGAGAGCAUGAAGCCACUUUAGAACAAGACACAUUCACUUUUUGUAUGCUUCUUGAUUUGAUAUUGGUAUAUAAAAAUUGUUGUGGAAUAGGAGACUGUGCUAUAUUUCAGUAGGACCUAUCGUGAUCUGUAUAUAAAUUCUCAUUUUGUUAAAGGAGACUCCAAUGGGAGGACUUUUCACUUUCCACCCCAAAGUAAAUUGCAAAAUUCCUCUUCUAAUAGUAUAUUCAUACUUCCCAUAUCUUUUGCAGUAAUUUACUUGAGCACACACGAUUGAAAGUUCCACUUAGCAAUUACUGACCUAAGACAACUGGUCAGAUGCAUAUUUGCCAUGAAUGUCUGAAUAACUUUUUUUUUCUGAUGUAGUGUUUUUGUUUCUUUUUUGUUUCUAAAAAGGGUGGGAGGACAUUUUUGUAUGUGCCCUAAUUCUGAACUAGGGAUUCCACCACCUUUUUGAUGCAUGUAAUAGUCUCCCAUAUGGUUUAGCAUUUAGACCAAUCCAUGGUACAUAAUUUGGGAAGGAGUGUGCUGAGAUACAACAAAGAGCAGCUAGAUGUCAACUUCACGUUGAGAUGGAGAGCAAGGAAAUGACCAGAAGAUCAGGGAGAAUGUAAUUAACAUCAUCAGGAUAUGACAAGGAGAGUGUUAGAGAGACAAGGUGGGUGAGGUUAUAUUGUUUAUUGGAUCAACCUCUAUUGGUGUGAGAGAAAAGCUUCUGUGUGGCUCGAAAGCUUGUCUCUCAUCAACAGAAGCUGAUCCAAUAAAAUAUAUUAACUCACCCACCUUGUGUCUAAUAUUGACACAGCUACAAUCACACUGCAAGGAGACAGUGUUAACAUUCCUACUUUAUGAAGAAUCCCAUAGGAUUUGUAAUAACUAGCUGACAGUCACUGCUGUUUUGUUCCUUACCUGAAAAAUGGCACGUUUAUCAGCAUGGGGGGGCACUUAGGCAUUGAUUCAGAACUGACUCUCCCAAGAGUGCCACAUAAUCACUUGCCAAACUGCUAUCAGGUGUACCUAGGUCAGUGAUCUCCCCUGCAAGUACUGAGCUGCCUUAGCCUUCCAUUACUUGUGAGAAUGGUGGGGAUCAUAGAAAUAGGUGGUAUGACUGAAGGCCACUGUUCUCUUUAUUAUCACCUUUUUCUUCCUGUGUAACAUACUGGAUUUUAAAUGUGCUGACCUUUAAAAAGCUGUCUUCAAAGAGUAGAGAUCAAUCCAUUACAACAUAUGCAGUUCAGUGCCUCAAGUGCACAACUUCUCCAGUGAGAGUCCAGUUAUGCAACAGCAUGCUGUGAGAUUUUCAGGGAGGAAUGUGAUUCUACGGUCGCAUGCAAGACAUGACCUCACGCAUUUGGUGGGUGCAAGGUCAUGCUGUGAGGAUACUGCAGUUAUGUAAACUAGGAUGGAAUGGAGGGUUGUUCUGGCAUAAGCUGUUAAAUAUGUUUGCUUUUUAACUGGAGCACCCAACGAAAUUAAAGCUUUGUCCACGCUAUGAAUGUGCAGUGCCUAAAUUUCAAAUGUAAUUUGCUAAUGCACAGAGCCUUUCACUGAGAUUCAACUACCUGUGCCACAGACUAGGUUUAUUUAUAUUUGCAGUAGUGCCUAAGGGCUCUGUAGAAACAUGACACAGAGACAGUCUGCCCCAGAAAGCUCUGACUUUAUUGUUUUUGUACAUUUCAUGAGAAUCAAGGAUUUAUGGACUUUAAGGGAUGUUAUUUCAUUUGCUGCUUAACAGGGACUGAUUUAUUUUUUUUCAUCUUCAGACAAAUUUUGCCUUAGGUGGUGAUAAGAAUAUUACACUUAACGAAGGCCUACAGGAAAGUAUAGAAUGUCUCUCUAAUACAGCAGUUUAUUGAAGCAAUGGUACAAAAAGGCUUUGGAAAGGAAUUGUAUUUGGUAAAUAAAACGUGAGGGUCCCCUGGGGCCCUGUGGUUCCUCUUAAAGUAGUGGAAUGUUAACCUAAUCUCUUCCCAUUGGUCAGGGAUGUUUGUCCAGAUGUCUAGCUUUUCCAUAAAAGAUAAGUAUUACCAGACUUGACAUGCAUUUGAGAGAGAAGUGCUAGCAAAGAAGAACACCGAUAGAAAAAUGACACUAACUAUUGAUUUGGUUAUACUCUUUUUAUGCCUUGGAGUUGCAUAUCCUGGUGUGACUGGAAUUUUUAUGGACAAACUUGCCAGCAAAAAGCUCUGUGCUGAUGAGGAGUGUGUUUACACCAUUUCCCUUGCCAGAGCAGAAGAUGAUUACAACGCACCCGACUGCAGGUUCAUUAAUAUUAAAAAAGGGCAGUUGAUUUAUGUUUAUUCAAAACUAGUGAAAGAGAGAGAAGCUGGAGAGUUCUGGGCUGGAAGUGUGUAUGGUGAGCAGUAUGAAGACCAGAUGGGAACAGUUGGCUACUUCCCUAGCAAUUUAGUCUCGGAGCAGCAUGUUUAUCAAGAAGCUAAUAAGACAAUCCCUACAACGGCCAUUGACUUCUUCUGUGAAUAGUACUGGUAUGUGGCUGGGUCAUCACCAGGCGGAUACCAAGAGACUCUGAUGGAUAUAAACCUGAAAACCCAUGGCUGACUACUCCAAAUUCUUUCUUUCUUUCUUGUUUGUAAAAUAAUACGUUUAUUUCUAAAUAAGAAUUUGUUGAAAGGGAGUGAUUGCUGGGGAAAAAAGUUUAAAACCUUAGAUAUAAACCACAUGGCAUAUGCUUCAAAAGUCUUUUUGUACCUGAAAUUACUUUGUUAUAUUCAUUGGUAAGUUAGCAUACUUUAAACUACUGCAUUGUCAUAUUCAAAGUUAUCUAAUAUUUGAGGUAAGACUUUCAGUAUCUUAUGUUGCAUUUAUUUUCUCACUAUA